AUGUUGAACUCUCCGAUUGUGCCAUUGGCAGUGGUAGCUUUGCUAUCCUCUGCGAUUUGUAAGGCACCCGAUAGUGGCUACAGCGCAUCCAAUUCAUCAGACUCGGGCCACUCGAAUACUACGAAAACAACGAAUUCCACCCGCCCUGCUCCUGACAUGAUUGGAGACUCGGCCACAUAUGGAGCCAAUGACAGACGCCGAUUUGGUGCAAACGCUUUCAUUGGAUCUGCUGUCCGAUCGGAUCAACAGGCAGUCUUCAAGUCCCUGAUUGAUGAUGUUAGUGUGAUCGGGAGUCCUGUUCAAACAAAAGUGCUGGACUCGCACAAUUUUGGGUUUCCUAUCGAAGGCCCUAAUUAUGUGCAAAUCAAGUCUGGUGACAGUCGCACCAAGACUUUCUUUGACUCGCCAUCUUCUGGCUUCGUUACCUCCAACGACGGGAUCAGCAAAGAGACCUACGACAGUAAACCUGGAACCAUGCUAUUUGACCGAGGAGGAUUUUCGAUCUCCUUCAACCUUGAUUCCAAGAAGUUGAACGGGACGCAUGUAAUUCUCGCAUGGACUGAUCAAAUAAUCGGCAUGGACCACUCGCCUUACGCUGACUCGUUCUUAGUCUAUAUCGGUACUCCUGGCAACAUGACACAAGCACAGCUUAUGAUCAAUGAAACUAUCAAUUCCGAUCAUACGAUGGGAAACUUGACCCAAGGAAACUCGACUCAAAUGUUCAAGUCUAGCGGUCUCAACCAGCGCGCCAUUGAUAUGUCUAGCUUUAUGGACAAAAAGAUUGUCAUGGAAUUUUUGGUUGCAGAUGAGGGCGACCAAGUUGUCGAUGUUGCCUGUGCGCUUGAUGAUUUCCACUGGCAAUCCAUGGCGGGCAUGGGCUACCACCAGAUGAAUGCUCGUAGCGGAAUCCCCGGCCUAGAUAGUAUCCCCGGCCUUUCUGGCGGCAUCCCUGGUCUCUCUGGCGGCAUCCCUGGUCUCUCUGGCGGCAUCCCUGGCCUAUCGGGUGGCAUCCCCGGACUUUCUGGUGGUUCACGCUCCGGUGCUGGUGGUUCACCUUUUGGCCGUCGUUCCGAUGAUCAGCAAUACAACAAUCAGAACAACUAUCAGCAAUCUGACAACAACUAUCGUUCCAACUAUGGCUCUAACUCUAACAAUCAAAAUGGCCAGUACCAAGGCGGCCGACAGCAGCAACAAAACGGAGCCGGGUUUAUUCCACCCUUUGCCGAGCAAUUCAUUCCUGAAGGAGUUAAACAUAUCAUCAGACGUGACCAAUAUGAUCAGUACCAAGGUCAAUCACCAUACAACAACCCAAACUCCCAGUAUGACUCGUACCCCUCUCAACAACAAGGCGGAGCCGGAUUCAUCCCACCCUUUGCUGAGCAAUUCAUUCCUGAAGGAGUUAAGCAUAUCAUCAGACGUGACCAAUAUAAUCAGUACCAAGGUCAAUCACAAUACAACAACCCAAACUCACAAUCGGACUCAUACAAUUCUCAACAACAAAACGGAGCCGGAUUCAUCCCACCCUUUGCCGAGCAAUUCAUUCCUGAAGGGGUCAAACAUAUCAUUAGACGUUCAUAUGAUGAAGGAAGCCAAUACGAAGGUCAAUCUGGAUACAACAGUCCAAACCCACAAUCGGACUCGUACAAUUCUCAACAACAAAACGGAGCCGGGUUUAUUCCACCUUUUGCGCAACAGUUCAUUCCCGAUGGUGUGAAGCAUAUUCUACGUCGAUCUAACGGUGUAUCCGUUGAUGGUUAUGACAUGAAUGGUCAAUACUACGGAGGAGGACUUUCCGAUGAUAGUUCUGCUUGCCAAGAUGAUCAAAGUAGUCAGAAUGGCCAAAUUGCUCGGGAUGGUCAGAAUGCUCAAGGUUCUCAAAACGGUCAGAAUGUUCAAAACGGUCAAGGUGCUCAAAAUGGCCAGAAUAUUCAAAAUAGUAACAUCAAUCAAAAUGGUCAAGGCAAUCAAAGUGGUCAAGGCAAUCAAAACGCUCAAGGCGCACAAAGCGCUCAAGGUACUCAAAACGGCCAACAGUCCUCCCAAUCAUUUAGUGGUACUGGCGGUUCAAACUUCGGACAACCGAACUCAGGUCAAUUCCAAGGUUCUUUGUCCUAUGGCGCAUCUUCAGGAGGGCAACAAUCGCCUUCUUUCAAUGGGAAUCAAGGCGGAAACAUGAACGAUCAAAACCAACACCAGUCUUUCACUGAAGGAAACUUCAACGGUAAUACUCAACGUCAGUCCCAAGACCAAAGUCAAGAUGGCAACGGCGCAUCUUUAGGAUGGCAACAAUCGCCUUCUUUCAAUGGGAAUCGAGGCGGAAACAUGAACGAUCAAAACCAACACCAGUCUUUCACUUAUGGAAACUCCAACGGUAACACUCAACGACAGUUCCAAAACCCACAUCAAGGUGACAACGGCGCAUCUUCAGGAUGGCAACAAUCGCCUUCUUUCAAUGGGAAUCAAGGCGGAAAUAUGAACGAUCAAAACCAACACCAGUCUUUCACUUAUGGAAACUCCAACGGUAACACUCAACCUCAGUUCCAAGACCAACAACAAGGUGGCGAUCGUCAGAACAACGGGGGAAGCCAAUUCCUUCCUGGAUUUGCCGAGCAAUUGAUCCCUGAUGGUGUCAAGAACAUUUUCCGUCCAUCUGAUGCUCACAGUCAAGGCAUGUAUGGACAUCAAAAUACCGGCGGAUAUCCAAGGGAUGGUAAUUCUGGUCAAGAUGGGUUCAGUUCCUCUCGUCAAUCACAAGGAGGAAACAACGGUAACGCAGCUCAAUUCACCCCAAGUUCCGGAUCCGAUCAAAUGUCUUCUGAAACCUCGCCCAACUCUCAAAAUCGCCAAAACUCGAAUGGCACUGAUGCUUCAACUCACCCUUCUCAAUCGGGGACUAUGAACAACAACAAUUCUUCUGAUGCAAUCCCAGGUCAAGUUCAAGGUUCUUCGUCCAAUGGCGCAUCUUCAGGACGACAACAAUCGCCUUCUUUCAAUGGGAACCAACGCGGAAACAUGGACGAUCAAAACCAACGCCAGGCUCACACUGAUGGAAACUUCAACGGCAACACUCAACGUCAGUUCCAAGCCCAACAACAAGGUUACAACGAUCAUCAGAACAACGGGGGAAGCCAAUUCAUCCCUGGAUUCGCCGAGCGAUUUAUCCCUGAUGGUGUUAAGAACAUUUUCCGUCCAUCUGAUGCUCACAGUCAAGGCAUGUAUGGACAUCAAAAUACCGGCGGAUAUCCGAGGGAUGGUAAUUCUGGUCAAGAUGGGUUCAGUUCCUCUCGUCAAUCACAAGGAGGAAACAACGGUAACGCAGCUCAAUUCACCCCAAGUUCCGGAUCCGAUCAAAUGUCUUCUGAAACCUCGCCCAACUCUCAAAAUCGCCAAAACUCGAAUGGCACUGAUGCUUCAACUCACCCUUCUCAAUCGGAGACUAUGAACAACAACAAUUCUCCUGAUGCAAACUCAGGUCAAUUCCAAGGUUCCUCGUUCGAUGGUGCAUCUUCAGGACGACAACAAUCGCCUUCUUUCAAUGGGAAUCAAGGGGGAAACAUGAACGACCAAAACCAACACCCGUCUUUCACUUAUGGAAACUCCAACGGUAACACUCAACGUCAGUUCCAAAACCCACAUCAAGGUGACAACGAUCAUUACCAACAAGGUGGCGAUCGUCAGAACAACGGGGGAAGCCAAUUCCUUCCUGGAUUUGCCGAGCAAUUUAUCCCUGAUGGUGUCAAGAACAUUUUCCGUCCAUCUGAUGAUCACAGUCAAGGCAUGGAUGGACAUCAAAAUACCGGCGGAUAUCCAAGGGAUGGUAAUUCUGGUCAAGAUGGGUUCAGUUCCUCUCGUCAAUCACAAGGAGGAAACAACGGUAACGCGGCUCAAUUCACCCCAAGUUCCGGAUCCGAUCAAAUGUCUUCUGAAACCUCGCCCAACUCUCAAAAUCGCCAAAACUCGAAUGGCAGUGAUGCUUCAACCCAUCUUUCUCAAUCGCAGACUAUGAACAAUAACAAUUCUCCUGAUGGGAAUACCGUAUCAAAUGAAAACGCUGGAAGAAGCAGCCCAUCAAUUUCCGGCUCAUCGUCCUUCAUGGGUAACAACUUUGAAGGUUCUUCGGGAGGUCAAACAAGUGUUCCGAACUCACCUUCUGACUCUUCAUUUAGUCAGAGCUACAACUAUUCCACCUCUGGGACAACAGCACCGGCUUCCAACUCCACAUCGGCUACUGAUUCUACCACAGCUUCGACUUCAACCCCGUCUUCGAACUCUACCAUGGAUUCUAAUUCUACCAAGGGGAACUUUGAUUCGGAGACCGAUGGCCAGUCAUCAACUUCGGAUCAAAUGACGGGCGACACACAAAACCAAGACCGUCCUACUACCAAUCGUCAAGGCUCGACCCAUCCUGACCGAUUGGGUGGAUAUACUCACCGAACUCAGCAUAACGAGGGUGAUGUUGAAUCAGCUCCGAAUGACAAGGAGGGAUAUGCUCACCCUGAUCAUACUGAGGGAAAAUUGAAACGUCGUCAAUUCAUUCCAGCUGGCUUUCAAGCUCUAUUUCAAUGA